CUCAAGCACACACAUAUUUCGCCAUGGGUCUGUGAAAUUGUGUGUGUACAUUCCUGCAGUCAUGUGUUCAGACUGAGCUGAGUCACAAGCUGAGAGAAAAAGAAACGACACAAAAUAAAGAGAUAGAGGAAGAGCACGAGGGGGCGGGUUUAAAAUCAGUUUUGCAUUCACAUAAAGGAGGAAGACACACUCACAGGGAGUGAAAGAGAAAGAGAGAGCUUACGAGACCACGAGAGGAGCCUGAUGGGGAAAAAGGAGAAAGACAAAGCAAAUAUAAAGAGAUAAAUAAAUGACAGUUAAAACAGUGGGAGGAGCCUAACAAGAAAAAAAAGGAGCGAAGGUUGUGGCAACAGCAGGCAUGACUGAGAAGAAACUGAGGCAGACACAACGAGAGAAAUGAAGAGAUGGAUUUGCUGUCACAUUCACACUCUGUUCUUCAGCAGUUAAACAUGUUUGCUGUAUUCAGAAACUAGCAAAGCUUGCAGGCUGCAGUGGAGUCAGCUGUGAAUGCUAUCGUGUCAGUUGCUGUGCUUACAGGUUUGCCGAAAGCAUCGACUGAGACACGCUGGGCCCUGACCAAAGGUUGCUUUGCCACUGUAUUUGUCCUUAUGGCAAGACACUAUAGCAGGUUCUGUCACCAUGGAGGAGAGGGAGCGGCAGUGUAAUGGAGAGGAAAGAGGUGAUGUUGAAUCCCCCACAGGACAGUCAGUCACGGCAGGAGAACCAGGCACAGCGUCCACAUGGAGGAAUGGUCAGUGUGUGGCGUCUGUGUCCACAUCCACAUGGCUCACUCGCACGUUUGACUUCUCACACUGCAGGACUCUUCUGGAAACCAAAGGCUUCCAGAUUCCAGCAGAAGACUUUGAGGGUCCACUUCGUUUAGCGCUGGACCACCCGUCCGUCAGAAGAUACCUGCUUUUCAACUCAAACAUUUUUAAUAUCAUCAUGGCAUCCGUCUUGUAUGUGGUGCUGUGGUGCGCUGUGUACUCGACCAUUCACAUGUACCUCGAUGGCAGCACAGCAGAGUUCUGGGUGCUCUGUCUGUGUGUCAGUCUGGUGUCCGUGAUCCUCACCGCUGCCAUCAACCUCAUCUUCCACUACAGCAACAGAGAGAUCAACAUGAACACAGACGUGCGGUUGGUGGGGGUUAAUGAGCACACGGUCAGACACAAGCUGCUGUUGGGAGUGGCUGACUGGGUCCAGAAAUGCAGAGGAAACCUGCAGCUCUUCUGUGUGUACUGGGACUUGUCCCCAUGUCUGAUAUCUCUGACUGAAGCGCUGGACAACAUGAGUUUUGUCAGGGAUCAAGUACAGAACAAACUCAAGAAAAGAAUGUCCCACCUAGUUCUAGUGACCGAGGUCACGACCCUGGAUCCCGAGGCUGGAGUACAGGACGAGGAGCUUCCAGAAGAAGAGCAGCCGCUGCUGGUGGAGGGACGAGAGCGAAGCGCAUCAACUAGUCAACGGGAAGACUCUAAACUCACCAAAAACUUCAGCUUGAUGCCUGACACCACUCUCGCAAAUGAGGCGAUUGCUCAGCAGCUCCUGAUGACCUACAGUGCACUUUAUGUCAGACUGCUGGUCUCAAACAAGCUUCCUGCUCCUCCCCAGCGGCCUACAAGUGCAGGGAAAAAUCAUUCCACUUCCUGUCUGUGUCUGUGCGAGUACGUGGAGCUGAAGGUCCUGCGGUAGACAGACUAUCAAAUCUCACAUUCAAAAGUAUUAGUCAUCCAUUUCUCUGGGAUGAUUGUUUUUCUGUCAGUUAUGAUAUAGUCACAGACUGUUUCUGCUGCUCGUGAAACUGUUAUGAUUUCAUCUGUGUACUGAAAUAUAUUUUUGUUUCCUGACUUGUGGUUCUCUAUUUAUACCAUAUGCUCUCCAUGUGUGAAAGAAUGAAGUGACAGUUGACAGUUCUUGUAUUAACCAGACAAACUGACAAGACAUUAAUCGCACUGAUCCAAAACCUUGCUCAACAUAGCUGUAUUUUUGUUUUUAUUCAUAACUUGAUCUUUAUGAGAUUCUGAUUACACCGUAUCAACCAGGUACAAAGCAACAUGUGAUAAAAAGUAAUCACCUCAACAUUUAUCAACAUGGAUUUUUGCAAAUUUCCAGAUGAUACAGGAUAUUCAACCAAGCAAAAAUUUAGGAUGGUCAAAGGACUUGAGUUUAUCAGUACCUUUGUACAACAAUUUGUAGUUAUAAAGUUAUUACGGGUUUUUUAAAUUGGUUUGGUACUAUUUUC